UGGCAUAUCAGGUUUAGUAUCAGUAACCGAAAGAGAGUGAGAGAUACUCGCAAUGAGGGAUUUCAUUGGUAAACCAGUGCUUUGUUUGUUAUGGAUCUCACUCUUGCAAGGAUGCAUGGUCCAGUCCGUGGAAUAUGAUCAUACAGCAAGUAUUGAGUGCCUCAGCGAUCCGAUGGGACCUCUCUACAAAAGCGGGAUCAUCCAGAACGGCGACUUCAACAAUGGCCUGAUGGGCUGGUCGACGUACCGCAACAUCAAGGCUGGUGUGAGAAGGUCGUCGCAGUCCGGCAACAACUUCGCCGUGGUGCAUGGCGCGGGCAGCUCUCAGCUGUCCGGCACAGGCACAGGCACCAACGCCGCAGCACUGUCUCACAGCGUGUACCAGAAGGUCCAGAUGCAGGGUGACACACACUACUCUCUAUCGGCAUGGUUACGGGUUUCGGCCGGCACGGCUCACGUGAGGGCGAUGGUGAAAGCCCCCAACGGCGAGAACAUCACCGCGGGCGCCAUCGACGUCCAGUCCGGCUGUUGGACCAUGCUCAAGGGUGGUAUGACUGCGCAUGCAUAUCAUUCCGGACCAGGAGAGAUCUUCUUUGAGAGCGACGACCACGUGGACAUCUGGGUGGACAGCGUGUCCCUGCAGCCCUUCUCCUUCGAGGAGUGGGACGCCCACGCCCUCCAAUCCGCCAACAAGGCCCGCCGGAGCACGGUGAAGGUCGUGGUGAGAGGCGCCGACGGAAAGCCGAUGGCGCACGCCAACAUGAGCAUCGAGCUCCUACGGGCCGGGUUCCCUUUCGGCAACACGAUGACCAAGGAGAUCCUCAACAUCCCGGCCUACGAGAAGUGGUUCACGUCGCGCUUCACCGUGGCCACCAUGGAGAACGAGAUGAAGUGGUACAGCACGGAGUGGAACCAGAACCAGGAGGACUAUCGCAUCCCGGAUGCGAUGCUUAAGCUCGCCCAGAAGUACGGCAUCAAGGUCCGUGGUCACAAUGUGUUCUGGGACGACCAGAACUCCCAGAUUAGGUGGGUGAGGCCGAUGAACGUGAACCAGCUCAAGGCUGCGAUGCAGAAGCGGCUCAAGUCCGUGGUGUCGCGGUACGUAGGGAAGGUCAUCCACUGGGACGUGGUGAACGAGAACCUGCACUUCAACUUCUUCGAAACCAAGCUGGGACCCAACGCGUCUCCCCAGAUCUACCAGCAGGUUGGCCAGAUCGACCACAAUGCCGUCCUUUUCAUGAACGAAUUCAACACCCUGGAGCAGCCCAUGGACCCCAACGGCACGCCCACCAAGUAUGUGGCCAAGAUGAAGCUCAUUCGCGGCUACCCGGGCAAUGGCGGCCUCAAGCUGGGCGUCGGCCUCGAGAGCCACUUCUCCACGCCCAACAUCCCUUACGUCAGGGGCGCACUCGACACCCUCGCGCAGCUCAAGCUGCCCAUGUGGAUGACCGAGGUAGACGUCGUCAAGGGCCCCAACCAGGUCAAGUACCUGGAGCAGGUGCUCAGGGAAGGCUACGGACACCCCGGCGUGCAGGGCAUCAUCAUGUGGGCCGCCUGGCACGCCAAUGGCUGCUACGUCAUGUGCCUCACGGACAACAGCUUCAAGAACCUCCCUGUGGGCGCCCUCGUUGACAAGCUCAUCGCCGAGUGGAAGACCCACAAGACGGCUGCAACCACCGACGCUAAUGGAGUCGUCGACCUCGACCUCGUCCAUGGCGACUACAGCUUAGCGGUCAACCACCCGUCGUUGCAAUCCGCCGCCAUCCACACCAUGACGGUGGAUGCAGAGUCGCUGUCGGAGCACACAAUCAGUCUCAAGGCGUAGGAAGAGCUAAACCUUUCUUGUUUCCUUUUUCUUCUUGGGGAAUAAUCACAGAGCUGAUUCGACUGGAGACAACCUAGCAUUAGCAGCUAGUUUCCUGCACCUGUGCCCGCAUGGGGCUGAAAUUUUGGUCGGACAAUGCUGUGAGUUAACUUUUAGAAAUGAAAUAAAUCAAUUAUAGCUGGUAAUGCAUCCUGUAGUUGUUCUAAAAAACAACAGGAAUAAUGGGUGCCAAUGUUCGAUGGCACAAGUA